UCACAGCAAUCGACGACGUUGCCAGUUUAAAGUGCUUAUAGUGCCGACCAAGCCCACAGGAUAAAACAUUACCAGCACCUAAACAGGAAUGGAGGAGGAAUGCGAAGAAGCGCCAUUGCCGGCGCGGCAUCGCCCCGAGGGGCUCAAGGAGCUCGCCAAGGGCUCCAAGUUCACCGCCAGGGAGAUACAGCUUAUGUACCGGGGGUUCAAACAGGAAUGUCCAUCAGGGGUGGUGGAUGAGGAAUCUUUCAAGCACAUCUUCUGUCAAUUCUUCCCCUUGGGUGAUGCGACGCAGUACGCUCAACUCGUCUUCAACACCGUCAAACACAAGCAGAGCGGGAAAAUCAACUUUGAGGAGUUCCUAGAGAUCCUAUCCCGUGUGGCUCGAGGCUCGGAACAGGAGAAGCUGGCGUGGGUCUUCCGGCUGUAUGAUGCUGAUGGAGACGGGAGGGUCACCAGGCAGGAGAUGAUCAAAGUGGUUCAGGCUAUCUACGAGCUGGUGGGGGCGGCGGCGCUGCCCCCCGCGCACCCCGCCGCCGCGCAGGAUCAUGUUGACCGGAUCUUCCAUCUGAUAGACACGAACGCGGACGGAGUGGUGACCCCGGACGAGCUAGCACGGUGGUGCGCGCGCGACCCCGCGCUGCGCCGCUCUCUGAACACGCUGGACACCAUACUGUGACCCGCGGCGGC